UUGUUUCAGUCAAAUUUUGUGUAUCUGUCUCGAAAUUGUGUUGCUUCAUUAGCAACUGCUAGGGUUUUUUUAGAAUGGAACCCACCUGCUCGCCCAACCAGUCAGCCGAUGAGGAACAAUCGGCCAAGAGCUCUCGGCGACAUCGUCGACAGGAGAAACGCCAGAAGCGAUUGGAGGAUACAAGACUAGCGCUGAUUGCCAAGCCCUACUCGAACUAUCGCCUGCCGGUGUCUGUUCCCUCGACCGAUGUAAAUCUGUUACUGCUGAGUCGCUAUGAUGCUCUCGCGGAUCGAGACCGCCAUCCGCCACUUUUUGUGGUCCCAGAUCAAAAGUCGCAAUGGGCCCGUCUGCGAAUGGUGUUAUGCCCGGUACACGGCUGCUCCUGUUCAUUAGAUCCAAAUGGCUGGCUGGCGCACUAUCUGAACGUGCAUUUGCCCAAACUGGGCAUGUCCUUUGUGGGUGUUCCAUUGCCCACAGAGAAACAAACACUGCAUGCCACCUGCCACAUUGAUAGUCUUGAGUACGACGUAAAUACCCUGCUCGGUGUGUAUGGAUAUCAUCGGCUCGGGCUAAAUCCGCUCAAUUGUCCACGUAAUACGCUCCUGCCACGGGAAUACCGCAAAUACUCGCAGCAUGGCGUUCUUAUGCUCUUUGCUUGCCGCACACGUCAUUCCCUGCUGUGGCAACGCAAGCAAAUGGAUGAUGUAAUUGCCAUUUGGGUAUCAACUCCACUGCAGGGUGUAUCCAUAUCACUGCGCUGUGUGGUGCAGUCUGCCCAAUCAACACGCUACUAUUCCAAGUGCAUCAAGGCGCGUCCAUUGCCAACAGCUGUGGUGCAAGCGUCACCCUGCCGUGAUUUCAUCAAGACCGAUAGCAACGUCAUAGUCAUCAGCUAUCAAGAUUUGUGGCAGCUAAAGUCCCUCAAUGCGGGUCAGCAGCUGCUUCAUGUGGUGCUGCACGUGACGGGCGAGCAGAAGAUCUAAAAGGGUUCUGAAAAUCUUAGCAGCUAACAAUUGAAAUACAUCACAAGUAUGGCAUAAGCUAUAAAUAAAUUUUUAUUGUUUUUUUUUUUUUUGGCAAUAACUAUAGUACACACAACUUUCAAUUGUUUAACAAACUAAGCACGUGAAACAUAAUGAUACAUAAGAUAUAUAUAUAUAUAUAUAUAUAUUUAGAUUUGCACUAAGGAAAUCAUACGCUUAUCAAGCUAACAGAACUCUGGAGAUUACGCAUUGAUUAUGGGUUGGCUCCUAGCAUUAGGAGCCUAUCGUUAGCAACGUACAACUGAGAGGAUCUCCUCAAUACACAAUUCAAUUUGCAUUAGCCUUAGAUGUAUUUCGUACAAUUUUGUCGAGUUUAACACUCGGUUACACUUAAAAGAUACAAAGGGGGAAUUUACAAUUUUUGAGCCUACAUUACAUAAAAUUUUGAUGUUUUAAAUACGCUACUUGACUAUAUAUAUAUAUAAAAUGUAUAUAUAGUUGUAUUAGUUGUUUCAUGUUUUAGAGGAUGAGGAUCCACA